UUUUCAUCAAAGUAUAAAACUAGUUAAUUGUUACUAUAAACAUUAAAGUAUAAAACUAGUUAAUUGUUACAUUUUUCAUUUCCCUAUUAGUUAAUUUGUUAAUUGUUGCAUUUUUCAUUAAAGUAUAAAACUAGUUAAUUGUUACAUUUUAAUAAAUUACUUGUUAUUUUAAUAAACACACUUGUUAUUUUAAUAAACACACUCCAAGUAUUCGAAUGUCGUUACUCCUAUUUUAAUAAAUUAAAUACACUUGUUAUUUUUAUUAAAGUACUUGAAAAUUUGCUAUAAUUUUAUUAGUCGCAUUUUAUUAUUACUAUUGUACUCAUAUUAAAACAUUUGAUAUAAUAUAAUAUUUGUGUUGGGAUAUACUAUCCCGGCCUAUUACUGUUCAGGAGCCGAAGACAUUAUCCAGUACGGAGCCCAAGCAGCUAGGCCCGUUUCGGCCCAUUCUGGCCCACUUUAGCCAUUUGGGCCCAUUCCGGUCCAUGCGGCCCGUUAGGGUGGAGAGCCCCCUUUCCCCCUAUUUCCUAUAAAUAUGGAGCUUAGCCUCCAUGUAAAGGAUCCCUUUUUCCCUUCUUCUUCUCCCUCCUUAGCUAGAUUAGAACUCCAUUAAUGGGAGCUUCAACACUUGUACUAUGUAAUGGUGAGGAGAGACUAAUGAGAAUGAGAGGGCUUGGACAUUAGCCUAAAAAGUCCCGUGGUUUUCUCCCUUUCGGGUUUCCACGUAAAAACUGAGUGUUCAUACAUAUAUUUACUAUAUCGUGUUGGAUUAAACUCAACAAUUUGUUACAUUUUAAAGAUGGACCGUGGUAGACAUUUUGUAGAUAUGGGUAAUCUCCAACGCAACUGAAGGAAGGAGAUUGCGACAACUCAUCCUAGUUUACGCAAAGGCAAAGGUAAAGGGCGGGACGAGUCUUCUUCUCAAAGUCGAGAAGAUUUUGAAACGGGAUACCAAAGGCGAGAUGGAGAUACGAUGUCCGAAGAGCAACUACAACAACUAUUGGAGCAAAAUGAUGGUCUCUUUUUCCAUCAACAAAACAUCCCAGAGUCCAUUGACGAAGACGAGCUUGAGGAUGAGGAUGCGGAGGAGGACGCGGGGGCAACGGCAGUCACGACACCCCGGAUGAUGAGCAAGAGUUGGAGGACGAGGGUGGUUCAUCCCAACUUGGUAAGAAAUCUAAAUUUCAUAUUAUAGAAAAUAAUUUUUCAAAGAGGAAAGACAAAACAACCGAGAAAUGGUACACAAGUUGCAAUCAUUGCAAUAAGGAGUAUAGUUUGGGAACUUCCGGCGGAUACGGGAGCCUCAAAAGGCAUCUUAAGUCCGCGCACUUGGUAGAGUAUGUGAAAAUAUCGAAAGACAAGGGGAAGCAAACUCAAAUAUCGAGGUUUGCUAAUGACCAACCUUUUGGUAAUUUCCAAUACAAUGAUGCACAAAAUUUGACUGGUAUGGCUAACUUACUUGAAGAAAAUUUGCCUUAUUUGUUUUCUGAAAGUCUUGCUUUUAAAGAUUAUGCACAAACUUGUUUAAAUCCUCAAUUUAGAGGUUAUAGUUGCAAAACGGUUAAGAAAGAAAUUAUAAGGCUUUAUCGUGCGAAAAAGGAUAGGUUACAAAUUUUUUUUGCAAACUUUGAUGGCCGUGUUACUAUUUGUUCUGACAUUUGGGAGGAUAUUUAUCAUAAUUUACAUUAUUUGGGUCUGACUGCACAUUUUAUUGAUAAUGAUUGGAAUUUGGAUAAACGUGUUCUUGCUUUUCGUGAAUUUAAUGAUCGUCACACCGCUGAACAUAUUUAUAUUUUGAUUGAACGUAUUUUAAAUGAGUAUAAUUUGAUUGAUAAGGUGUUUGCUAUAGGUUUUGAUAAUGCUAGUAAUAAUUUGUGAAUUGUGUGGUUCUAAUACUUUGAUGGGUAGAUUUUUUCAUCAACGAUGUGCAUGCCAUGUUAUAAAUUUAUGUGUGCAAGACGGUCUAAAAGCGUUAGGAGAUGCUAUGGAGGUAGUCAAGGGGGGGAUUAGACGUAUUUGGGGUAAUCGUCAACUUAAAUUAAAAUGGAAAAAUUAUUUGAUUGAAAGAGGUGUGAAAUAUGUUGCUUUUCCUAAAGAUUUGUCUAUUCGCUGGAAUAGUACUUAUAAAUUAAUUAAAGUUCUUCUUAGAUAUAAAGAACAUUUUCCUGCUUUUUUAAGACAAUAUGAUAACUAUAUUUUAAACUCCGCUCAUAUCGACACUUGCGAAACGAUUUGUAAUGUUUUUAUAUUUUUUAAUAAUACAACUGAAAGUUUUAGUCAUAUUUAUAAACCUAGCUCAAACGAAUUUAUUCGUGAAGUUGUUAAUCUCGCCGGUGCUUUUAAUGAAUUUGAGAAUGCCGCUUACAUGAGUUAUUUUUGUGGUUUUAUGAAGGAAAAUUUUUUAAAAUAUUAUGCACAUAUUCCGCAUAUUUAUGGUAUUGCAUUUAUUCUCGAUCCUCGUUUUAGACUUGGUAAUUUGGAAGAAUGUUUGAAGUUCUAUUAUCAUGCUUUUUUGGUCCAUUUCCAAUGUAUGACGAUAACGCCAUAGAUCCGCAAGUUGAAUACAACGAGGUUAGUAAUUUAUUUUAUGCCUUAUUUAAUGAGUUUCAUGCACAAUAUGACAACGCGCCCCCUCCCCCGACACAAACAUCUUCAUCUAAAGAAAAAUCACUUUUUAAAUUUGCUUUUGGCAAUCUUAUGAAAAAAACUAAAGCAACUCACACUACUGAACAAAGCGCACUUAAUGAGAUUUCUUUGUAUAUAAAUUAUGAGGUAGAAUUUGAUGAAAAUGAUGACUUUGACGUUCUAAAGUGGUGGAAGUCAAAAGAAAGAAUGUUCCCGAUUUUAGCACGGAUGGCUAAGAAAGUGCUAUCAAUUCCGGUUUCAACAGUUGCCGUGGAACAAGAAUUUAGUUCGACCGGCAACGUCCUAACGACAUCUAGAACGAGCUUGAGCGCAGAAUCUCUUGAGACGCUUAUAUGCUAUCACGAUUGGUUGAAGGCCAUACAUAGAACUCAAGAAAUUAGCAUCACCCCCUCCCAAGACUUUAUGGAUGAAUCAACAACCGAGUGUUGCUCCUACGUCGGAGAUUCCGAUUGAUUAGUAUUUUACAAUUUACUAUAAAAUGUAUUUGAUGUUUUAAUUUUUCCCUCAAUUCUCUAUUGUAAUUUGUAAACUUGUAGUUCAUAUUUCAAAUAAAUAUACAUUCAUUUUUUUAUAUGUAGAAUUUCUCAAAUUAAUUAAUUGGUUACAACUUACAACUUAU